GUGUAAAAAAAUCGUCUUUCUCUUGCGCGAGUGGUGAUUGCGUGUAAAAUUUGUAAAACAAACCCAUCAGCGUAUUCGAUCGAAGCGGAGCAGAAUAUCAUUUUAGUGCAGUUGUGUGGUGGCAGGCUGUGAAGUGCAUAAAAAAGUAUCCUCUACCAGCAACAGCGAGUGUUGAACGGAACGGAAUAAGCAGAGCAGUGGAAGUGGAAGCAUCAGCUUUUCAAGCCAGCCAUCAGAGCCAGAGUUCGUAUUCUCGCAGUCCGUGCGCCUCUUCUGCGUGGUAGAAGUGAUUGUCUUUUUGUUUUCGAUCCGACGACGAUUCAACUCGAGAGCCCAGACAGCCAAAGCUGUGGCACCAUUAUUAAUCUUUAUUGUAGUGGGCAGAAAGUGGAGAAAAAAGUGAAAAUUUCUAGUGCUUCUGGUUUGUAACAAGUGGAUUGCUUACGGGUUCUGGUAAAAAUAGUUCCGAGGGGCGAGGAAGUUUAAGUAGGCAACGACGACGGCGAGUGGUUUCCCAGGUGAAGAAAGUGAAAAUUAUUGUGCUUGAAGAAAAAAGAGCAAGUUCCGUCAAAUGAGUGAUGAAAGCUUUAUAUUCGGCGGAAUUUGAUAGUGGAAAAAAGUUCAACUGCAUCACCGGAAGCAUCUUAUUAGAAGUCCAAUUUAUCUCCCACCGUGCUGUACUAUGAUAUCAAACGAAAUUGUCCGUUCGUGAUUUUGCGGUAGCUCUGGGCAUUUUGAAUGAGCAGGAAAAAUCAUUGCCUUGACGACGAGCCAUCCGCAUCCGUCGCCUCCUACGUGUUGGAUGUCCGCUUUUUUGCUGCUGUCAGUUUUUGAUGUAAACAUUCAAGCGAGCGAAUCGUCCUGUGGAGGAGGUUGACCACAGCCCCGACAGAACAAAACGGAAAGGAUUACCAGUGUGUGUGGAACGAGAUUGUGACGCAAGGUCGGACCAGAAGCAACCACCACCCACCCCACCGAUCGAUCGCACUGAUCAGUUCAGGUCAUGGUGAUUAUAAACAAUAGAUAUGAAUAUUUAUCCAUCCUGAAAGCGCCAGGAGUAAGAAUGCAAACUCCUGUAGUCAGCAACAACAACUCUUCGACGACGACACUGACUCGUGAUUCGCUGGUACAGUCACAGCAACAACAGCAGCAGCAGCAGCAAAAUCAACAGUUGAACAACAAUAACAAUAACAACUCACUGCUGAACAACAACAGUAUCAAUCUGAACAACAAUAUCAACAACAACAACGGCAACGGUGUUAGCAUAAACAAUAACAAUAAUAACAACAACAACAACGGCUUGCCGGGGCUGGCAAAGGCGGUGCUCAUCUGCCGGCAGAAUUCGCACCCCUUCAAUAAUCGCACACUCUUUCUUGAGCCCCAUCAAGAGGUUAAGGUCGGGCGAUCCGUUGCGAGGAAUCGCGUCUCCGAGAACAAUGCAAUCUUUGACUGUAAGGUCCUAUCUCGAAACCAUGCCGUGCUGUGGUACAGCGAUGGAAAGUUCUAUAUCAAGGAUACCGGCAGUAGCAAUGGCACCUUCAUCAACAACGUCCGCCUCAGUCAGACGAGCACCGAGUCGGAACCGUACGAGGUCAGCUCGGGCGAUAUCGUGCAGUUCGGAGUGGACGUCAUGGAGAACUCGCGCCGUGAGACACAUGGUUGCAUAGUGGCCACUCUGAAGCUGUUCCUGCCCGAUGGCCGUGAAACCAAAGCCAGUCAAUCCAUCGGAGUGGGCGGACCCAGCACCAAGAUUCCCCCGGUGGAUCUGUACCGGCUCAACCAGUACAUACAGGAGGCUAAUCAGCGGGAGCAGAUUCUCGAGACGAAGCUGACGAGCCUGCAGAAGAUGGUCGAAGCGACGAAGCAAAACUCAGCGAUAGGAUGGCAGGCGAUGAUCGACGAAGAUCGGUUGCUCAGUCGAAUCGAUAUGUUGGAGAAGAAACUGCAGUGCUUCCAGAAGGGUAUGACUGACGACAAACUGCGGGAGGAGGUCCUCAAGCUGCAGGACGAAAAAUAUCAGUAUCAAAAUUCGGCCAAGGAUGCCUUGCGAAAGGUGCACCAGGAACGGUUGGAUGCAACCCACAAGGUAGCCACGAUAGAGAAAGCUCUGUUCAGUAGCGAGGACGAGUGUUCGCUGCUACGGGAACAGCUGAAUAAAACCCAGCUGCAGUUGCAGGAAGUAACGGGCAGACUAGAUGCACUACAAAACCAGUACGAUGAGCGAGUGUCGUCAAGCGAGGAACAGCUGAAAGUUAAAGAAUCUGAAAUAACGAGCCUAGGUCACGAAAUCAACAUGCUGCAGGAGAAGCUGAGCUUCUACGCGUUUUAUGCGUCCGAUGAAGAUGAAAAUCAACAGCAGCAGCAAGAGUACAAUAAUUCCGCCAUCUCUGACUGGUUGCUAAAAUCUGAUAUUAAGAAAAUGGAAGGAUCUGAAGAUAUUAUUAAGGCCAUUUGUAACGAUGCAGAAACCGAUAUCAACGCUGACGAGAAAGAAGUGAACCUAGAGGAUAAUGCGAUGCAGCUACAGAAACGGAUUCUCACUCUGGAGCGGAACAUUUCCCUCAUGGUGGACGGUGAAAGUAAACCUGAGAACGAAAAUAACGAGCUACUAGACAACGCCAGUGUGACGUCUUCCGCAACGAUAGGCACGACGAUAGCCAACGACAACAGUGCUAUCGGCGAAGUGGCAGAAUCCGGUGGAGCAACCAGCAACGGUGAGGAGUGUGAUGGCAACCAGAAUGUGAGCAGUAUAGGGGCCAGCAUUGACGAUGCGCAACAACCGAUACCGUCCGAGAGUGAAACGACGACAACGACCACAGCAACCUCGAAUACCGAUCAGCAGCAGCAGCAGCCACAACCGCAACAGAAACGAUCUGACGAGGAGCAGAAAUCGCCCUCGAAAAUUAACUGCGAGUUGAGCAAGAAAGUGCUGAGGCGAAAUCUUAAACAUGUCAAAAGCGAAUGUGCACUACUCUUGCGGCAGAUUAGCAAAGCGAAAGAAGAUAAUCGGAAGUCGGAGGAAAGCAUGGUGGCCAAAGCUAAAUACGACGACCUGGAGGCGGAGCUGCGAAUGCUCAAGCAGGAACUGGACACACGCCCCAAGUCCGAAGAGUAUGAAAAGAAGCAACAGCUGUGCGAAAACCUAACCGAAAGUCUAGCGUCAUUAAGAAUAGAAACAGAAGCACUGCGGUCGUUGAACGAACGCUGCCAGGAUGAGAUGGACCGCAUGGAAAAAGAGCUGUUAAAGCAGAAGAACUUCGAAAACGAAAAACUCAGUGCAAUGGCUGCGGCACAUCAGCAAGGUGAAUCGAUUCCAUCGGAAGUACCACCAACUGAACAUAAAUACGAGAAAACACAAGAAGAAACGACACAGGAACCUGUCAGGAGGGUCAUCGUAGAUGCAGAAACUCAGACAGAUGUCGAGGAAAAAGUAUUCGUGAUGGAUGAGGUGAUGGAUAACGACAUUUCAAUUUCUUCUAAUUUGGACGAAUUGGAUGAAGAUGAAGAGGAUGACGACGAAAAAACGGAAACUAUUGAUACGACGGAAAUAUUCGUGAGUCGAAACAUGUCACUAAACGAGAGUAGGGUGUAUAGCGACAGUAGCAGUCUUGGUUUGACUGAUUCAGUGACCAGCAAUAGCCAUAGUAGUAGUAGUAAUCUUAGCAGUAAUAAUUUGAAUCUAACUGGUAAUGAGGUGGAAGCUUCUCAAUAUUCGGAAAGCAUCGGUGAACCGAUCGAAUCUGUUGUAGAAAGGGUAGGUGAUAGUGGUCUCCUGGAGAAAAGUGGUGUUGAGCAUGAAUUGGAGCUCAUAAACCACCCGGAUGUGCAACGUGAGGAGGAACUGAUUGCAUUUAAGGAGAAGUAUACUCAUCUUACUCAGGAGAAUAUCCGGCUCAACCAGCAGCUGCAAAAGCUGAGCGACGAUUUCAGCCACUUCAAGAGCAAAUCGUUCAUUAAUCUUUUAAUGUAUAUAGCACCCGUCAUUGUUAUCGUUGGUUAUAUAAUGUUUAAUCGCGUAUCGUAAAUUAGCCCCUUCCACUGGAAGUUUCAGUUUAAUUCAGUUGCAAAGAGGUUAGGAAAUUUUAUCAAUAUUUAUGCGGAUCCCGGCUAAAAGCAGCAUUAAAAUUAUAAAUAAAUGAUUUUUGUCUUCUCAUUCGUACUUUUACUUCUAUUAGAAAAAAAGGAACAGUUUUCGUUAUUCGAUCAUCCCCAUUUUGGCAGAUAGCUUUAAUAUAUAUUUUGCCUUUGUUUUGUUCGUUUUGUGAUUCUAUCUGUAAUUAUAAUGCAUAUAUUUAUUAUCGAGAGGAAAAAAAAACAUUGUAAUAAUUAUUAUAGGACAGCAAACACAUUUAUAGAACAGUUAUACAGGAAAGAACGAGAAAUAUUUUCUUUUCCUUUUCUGUGUGCAAAAAGUAAUUUAUUAAUUAACCAAUAUCAACAAACUGAUGAGAGAAAUCACUUUCUUUAAAUAGGUAAACUACACUCAAAAACAAUUUCCCACACACACAGACACACUCCGUCUCAACCCCAUUAUACUAUUAUAGUAGUCAACUUUUGGCAACAUGAUUGUUCUCUAUAAAACAACAAAUCAGGAUAGCUUUUAUACAGCAAAACGGAUCAAGAAUUGGUAGGCGGUCUUUCCCUUCGGAGUACCUAUAUCUCUUCCCGUUGGAAAAUGUCUGUUAUUGUGGUAGUCCGAAUUAGUUGUCAUGUCGAAAUGGAAUUAUAUUUACAGGACACACAUUUUAUGCUCCACAAAAUAUAAAAGUUAUGCGUAGAACGGCAUUUAUGGUGCUGUUUAUUUUUCGAAAAUUCGAAAAUGGGAAAUUGAAUUCCUGACCCAAGUCACACGAUAAAAAAGCACUUCGAGUUUUUUUUUUUUGAAUUUCCCUUUUUUUGUGUGGGUUUGAUUUCAUUAUCAACUAUGUAUAAAAAGCUCACACUUUGUAAAGCUAUAACCUACAUAGCUAGCAUUUUCUUCUAUUGCAGCCAACAUGUGCAUCUUCUAAAUAUAUGAAUGUUACGCCUCGCCGUGAAACUGAACAACAUUGUACUGGACUGCUACAAUUUCAGACACUUAAAAAUGUGAACAGAUCUACGUUCUCAUUAUGGAGAACAGUGUUAACCUAAGGCAGUGCUUCUGUUGCCCAACGGAAAAGAACAAAAUAUCAAGAAUCUUCGACAGUGCGAAAAUUGUAACAUAAUCUCCCUCUGGAGCUGUAGUCGAGCAAAUUGUUUCCAGGGACACGACGCUACUAUAUCUACGCUGUACCGCGGACGAAUCGAAUCUUAUUCUACACAUUUAUCUUCUUGAAAAACAAAAGCUGUUUGAAGCUACUCGGACACUCGGACGAAAUCAACUCGACUCGAAUAACGUAACCAAGAAGCUACACGCCGCGAAAUGACUACACACGGUUCCAAAGUUGGCACACAAACCGCGUAAUAACAAGAGAGUACAAAUAUUCGAAGGUAGAUAUGAGAAACCUUCUCAAAAACUCGAAAAUCAUACCGAGGAGACGAACGACAUACGCAUACAUGACAGAUAAAGGACAAAUAAAACUCGGAAAUGGUGUGUAGUGUACGACAUGGAAGAUUUCUACGCGUUUUAUUCGUUGGUGCAUUCAAUUCAUUCAAACACACUCGACAUAUGCCAAUGAGAAGGAGAAGUACGAGAACCGGGUUGCCGAAUGAAUAAAGUAACAAAGUAAUAAGUUGAUGCUUGAUGUGCUGCGAGAGAGUUGGUGGCAGGAGCAGUAGGAUUAUAUAUCAAAUGGCUCGAGAUAAAAGGUAGGAAAACCGAGAAAGUUUUCGUGAGCUGUAGCGCGCGCUUUCGGGUUAAUGAAUGCAAACACAUGUGUACAUUUAUAACAUUGUAAGAAAACAUAUGAUAAAGAAGCAGUGAUGCUUUUGUGCAGGCGUCAUAUCUAAAUGCAAAUAAACAGAAAAUAUUGAAA